AAUUAUCUUCUUCCCCAUUCUUCCCAACUCUCUUCCCUCAAAAACCAUCUCAACGUUGCAUGCCAAUUAAAAAGGGAACAAACCCUAAAUUCUUUCCUAAAUUAGGUGUUUAUGUAUCAUGCAACAUCACAAAUAGCCAAGAAGAUGAUAAUCUCAAAGAUCCUAAAACCAAAAAGAGAGAAUUACAAAAUUCUACAAAUAGAUUAACGUUUGAUAGAAGAGAUGUUCUUAUUAGCUUAGGAGGCCUCUAUGGAGCAGCUACUCUCAACAGUAAAGACCCUUUUGCAUUGGCUGCUCCGAUUCAACCACCCGAUCUUUCCAAGCCACCCCUAAAUGCACCUGAUGAAGUACCAUUUAAUUGUCGCCCACCACCCUCUAGAAAGAUCAUAGAUUUUAAGCCACCGUCCCCAUAUGCACGGCUCCGAGUUAGGCCAGCGGCACAUUUGGUUGACAAAGAAUAUAUAGCUAAGUAUGAAAAAGCCAUUAAGCUAAUGAAAGCACUUCCUGCUGAUGAUCCUCGUAACUUCAUGCAACAAGCCAAUGUUCAUUGUGCUUAUUGUGAUGGAGCUUAUGAACAAGUAGGGUUUCCAGGUGUAGAGCUUCAAGUUCACUUUUCAUGGCUUUUCUUUCCGUUCCAUAGAUACUAUCUUUACUUCUACGAAAAAAUUUUGGGAAAAUUGAUUGGUGACCCAACUUUUGCUUUACCAUUUUGGAACUGGGACACGCCUCUUGGAAUGACAAUGCCUGCCAUUUUUACAAAUCCGAAGUUUCCACUCUAUGAUCCAUUAAGAGAUGCUAAGCACCAGCCACCGAUGCUGGCUGAUCUUGAUUAUAGCGGGGCUGAUCCAACGAUGUCAGGAGACGAGCUGAUUAAAGACAAUCUAGUGAUCAUGUAUAGGCAAAUGGUAUCUGGUGCAAAACUUCCUAGGCUUUUUUUUGGGAAGCCGAUCAGAGCUGGUGAUGAACCGAAUGAAGGAAAAGAAGGGGGUACAAUUGAGAGGUCACCUCAUAAUAAUUUACAUAAUUGGACAGGAGAUAGGAACCAGCCAAAUGGGGAGAACAUGGGAACUUUCUACUCUGCCGGGAGGGACCCAAUUUUCUUUGCUCAUCACUCUAAUGUUGAUCGAAUGUGGGCGAUUUGGAAGAAUCUUGGAGGCAAACGCAAGGACCUCAUCGACCCAGAUUACCUUAAUUCUGCAUUUGUUUUCUAUGAUGAAAAUUCAAAUCUUGUCCGAGUUAAAGUAAAAGAUUGUUUAGAGACUAAAAAUCUAGGUUAUGUAUACCAAGAUGUUGAUCUUCCAUGGCUAAAAGUUAAGCCAGAAACGAGAAGAAGAACAUUGUUGAAGAGAAGUGAGAGAAAGAAAGAAACCCAAAAGGGAGUUUUUCCUCUGAGUUUAGAAAAAGAAAUAGUGACAGUUAAGGUUUCAAGGCCGAAGAAAUUAAGGAGUAAAGAGGAGAAAGAAGAGGAAGAAGAAGUAAUAGUGAUCGAAAACAUUGAAUUCAACAUGAAUGAGUUUGUAAAAUUUGAUGUGCUUGUGAAUGAUGAUGAAGAUGAGUUAAAGUGCAGACCUGGAAACACAGAGUUUGCAGGGAGUUUUGUACAUGUGCCGCAUAUCCAUAGAGGUGGAAGAAUGAGGUCUAGCGCUUCUUUAACAUUAGCGUUAACAGAUUUGCUUGAAGAAUUAGGAGCAGAAGAUGAUGAUAACCUGGUGGUGAGUUUGGUGCCAAGAUCUGGGAAUGAGAUCCGUAUUGGUGGAAUAAAGAUAGAAUUUUUAAGAGAAUGAUGAGAAUAAUAUUGAUCAGCUCAUGAAUUUUAUAGGAAAAUCCUUUUGAUUUUUACUUUUC